AUGGAAUCAAAUGAUCUAAGAUGGCCAAAUGUAAGAUUGGGGGAACUAGGAGAUAUGUCUGCUGCUUUUAAGAAUGGAUUUUCUGAUAUGAUGAUGAACACCUUGUGGGUGUACGUACUCGAGGAAUCACAAAACCAUCAACUUUCUGGAUUCCCUGUUCAAGAAUCAUCCGAGUAUAAUACAGUUUCCAAUCCUGCGUUAUCUUCUUCGAGGUUGUUGGUUGACGUGAACCAAAACAGGGAGAAUGACGAUCCAAACUCCAUGAAAAAUACAGAAACGGUUGAAUGUAAAGUGACCCAAAAGGCCCGCCAAGCAAGAGAUGCAAACGGACCGUCCCAUGGGACUUCAAAUCAACUUCUUCUUUGGAUCUUUACGGGUUGGUUGAUAAUCAAGGGUCUGCUAAGAGCAAAUGACCGUGUAAAUAGUGUUGGUAGAUGGUUAGAAGAUGUGGGGUUUGGUAGAUAUGCAAGUGUGUUUGAAAUGCAUGAGGUUGACGAAGAAGCAUUGCCGUUGCUUACUAUUGACGAUUUGACGGAAAUGGGUGUUGUUGCUGUUGGGGCUAGAAGGAAACUGUAUGCUGCAAUAUGUCAACUUAAGGGGAAGUAA